CCUCACGUCAUAAUCUCAGUCAUAAUCAUCAUAUCUGUCUGGCAAAAAAAUCACAUUUGAAGGGGCAUAAAUCCCUAAUAAAUUGAACCUAGUGAUAGUCUCAAUUAUAUGACGAUCUUAAAUUUGUAUUAAAAAAAUAAAUGGCUUCGUCACGCAUUCAGGCUACUGCGCGGCAUUUAGCUAAGACGUUCAAGAAAAAAGGCAGGUUUGAUGUUGGAAUAGCAGCUGACUUACCUCAAGCAUACAAGAAAUUUUGGCGAGAAUGGAAAGUUUUGAAACCCGCUGCUGUGCAUUUCGUCCCUCAGGAGGGCAAGUGGAAACGAGACGAGCUGACGGGAGAGACCUUGCCCAUUCAAAACGUCGCAUUUCCCCUGAAGCAUCCUACGGAAAUACACGAGGGUAUCUGGGGUGGUGAAGCUGUGAUUAAAGGUUUUCAAAAACGGGAUCCUCAUAAGCGCCGCGUACCUCACUACUGGGUCCCAGUAUUGAAACGUACAGUGGUCAAGUCCGAAGUCCUCAACACUCAUCUCUCAGUAACAGUCACUGAUCGGACUAUUAGACUCAUCAAUGACCACUAUGGAUUUGACCAUUACCUGCUCAAGACGCCGGCCUGUGAUCUGGUGUCUAUGCUAGCCCUGAAAUUGAAAAAGCACAUACUAACGGAAUUGAUGAAUGGAUGCCCAAGAUAUGCACAUGACUCUACAAAACAAAAAGAAAUUUAUGAGGAAUAUAAGACUUAUUUGUCUUCGUACACUCCAGAAGAGAUUGAAUGGUAUGGAUUGACCUGGUAUGAGGCUCUGUGUAAGGUAGCUAAGCAGAAAGAAGCUGCCACCAGACCUGUACCUUUAAAAAAUGUGUACAGAAAGAAUUUAGUGGAGAAAUUAAAAGCAGCUGGUAUUGAUGGUAGCCAUGCAUCUGCAGAGGAAAUUUCAAACACCACCUCCUGGUUGUCAAAAAUGAACCUGUUUGGGAAGAAAGACGAACAAGCAUAGUGAAGUUAUGUAGUCAAAUGAUAAUUAAAACAAAAUGUUAUGUAAAUCUAUCAUUAAAAAAAAUAGAUAGGUACCUAGUGAAGUUAUUAAUAUAGUUUUGUUUUUUUGCGAA